AUGGAUGACGGCGCAGAUAGUUUAUUUGGCGACGUGGACGUCGAUGCACUGGUUGCGAAUCAUCAACGUGCCCAGCAACAAAAACGUCGUGCUGUGCCGCAGAUGCCAUCAUUAUCGGACGAGAGUUUUGUAUCUCCUCCAUCUACACAGACCAAUGGAUCCCAGGAUACGGCGAGUGCUAUGCUGGCCGAAGAUCUCCGCAGGUCAAUUAAGCAGACACGAGAAAAUCUUCGCAAAGUUCGCGAGGAGUGUGAUGAUGCGUCGCUCGAGGGAGAGGUACCGGAUUUCAUGCAGAAACGUCGUACAGAGCUGGAACAGGAACUAGAGGAACUAAGCAGGCGAUACAGAGAGUGCAAAGGAACAACGAAGGCUUCUCCACAGAGUCGGCAUGUGUCUCCUGUGCAGCCCCCACCUCGACCUGCAGAAAUGCCUCAAGUCUAUUACAAUGGAGGCGAGUCUUCCAACAAAAGCCCGACGUGCUCUUGUGGUAUACCCACAGUGGAAGCUCGAGUGCAGCAUGGAGAAAAUGCGAACCGACUUUAUUAUCGCUGUAACACGUGCGGAUUUCAUUCCUGGCCUUGCGUCUCAAGCGAUCCAAGUGUGAACUCCAAAAUGCAGCGAGCCAAGAGAGUACUUCGCGACGUAUUUGGCCAUAACGCGUUUCGCCCUAGUCAGGAGCGCACAGUAAUGGAAGCUUUCAGCGGGCGUGAUGUUUUCGUGCUGAUGCCCACUGGAGGUGGCAAGAGUCUUUGCUUUCAGCUACCUGCCUGCAUUGACGACGGUGUCACCAUCGUUAUUUCUCCGUUGGUCUCUCUAAUUCAAGAUCAAGUUCAGCAGCUGGAGGCACUGGACGUGGGUGUUGCGAAUUUGAAGGGUGACCAAGACUACGCUACCGAACAACGGCCAAUUAUUUCGGAACUCUUUUCCAAUCAGAUAAGAAUCAAGAUGCUGUAUGUGACUCCAGAGAAGAUUGCCUCAAGCGGCAUGCUCAGCAAUCUCUUUAAAUCUCUCGAGAAGCGGGGAUUGUUGGCUCGAUUUGUGAUCGACGAGGCGCACUGCAUUAGCCAGUGGGGUCACGAUUUUCGGAAAGACUAUUUGAACCUGGGAACGCUUCGAACAAAAUUUCCUUCUGUCCCGAUUAUGGCUUUGACUGCCACAGCAAACUCGCAAACAGAAGCUGAUAUCGUCAAGAAUCUGAAGCUGAGAAACCCAUUCAUCACUCGCUCAAGCUUUAAUCGGCCAAACCUGACGUACGAUGUGCGUAAGAAAACAUCCAAGUUCAUGUCUGAGAUCGCAGACUUCGUUCGAAAACACAUCGACGAUUCUGGGAUUAUCUACUGUUUGUCAAAAAAAGAUUGCGAGCAAACAGCAGAAAAGCUGAUCAAGGCCUUGGGGUUUGAGCACACUCGAAAAGCAAGUCAAAUUUCGUUUUACCACGCUGGGUUGGAAGCGGGAGACCGCGCGUAUCGUCACCACGAGUGGAGCAAAGGAAAAAUCAAGCUGAUUUGUGCUACCGUUGCUUUUGGAAUGGGAAUCAACAAGCCCGAUGUGCGCUACGUGAUCCACCACACAAUACCCCAAUCGGUGACACAUUAUUACCAGGAAGCUGGUCGAGCGGGACGAGAUGGAGAAGUGGCUAACUGCAUUCUCUACUAUUCCUUCUUGGAUCUGACUCGACGGCGCAAGCUAAUCACGAAGGAUCGCGACAAUAUGCAGCAUCGCAACGUGCAUCUGCAGAACCUGCGACGUAUGACCGAAUUUUGCGAGAACCAAGUGGAAUGCCGCCGAACAUCCCUUCUCGAGUACUUUGGCGAGCACUUUUCGAGUGAACAGUGCCACGGAACUUGCGAUAACUGCAAAAACAAGGUGCUGGGUAUUUCGUUUGAGAAGUCAGACGUGACUGAGGACUGCGUGGCUCUCGCUGAGAUGAUAAAAACCCUCCAAGGGAGUGGUGAUCCGACGACACUGGUGCAAAUUGCUCAAGUAUUCCUUGGCAUGGUGGUCAAGGGAAGAGAGUGGAAGCAAAACCAGUUUGAACAACUCGGAGGAUUUGGAAAAGGCAAAGGACGGUACUCUCGCAGUGAAGUGGAGCGCAUUUUGUAUCACAUGAUUCUUCGCCAGUAUCUUCGCGAAGUGGACCAAACCAACGCGAAGGGCUUCACGACGACGUUCUUAUCGCUUGGAAUCAAUGCCAAUAGACUCAUGCGUGGCGAGCGAGUUCGUAUCGUUUGCAAAACAAAAUACCAGUCUCGAGCAUCUGCCAGUGAUGGCGCACCACAAGAGAGUGCUAAGACCUCGAAAAAAAAGGCUCCUAAGAAAUCUGCAUCGACAAAGACGAAGACAGCAGUAACAAGGAAGAAUACUAAGAAGAAGAAGGCGAGUGUGAAGGACGUGGUUGAAGAGCUGAGCGAUGACGAUGUUGUGGAGGUGGUCGCUCGACCCGCGACUACAGCGGAGUAUCCGCUCAUCCCAGAGCGUAUUUCUUCUAGGAGAAUUCCUGAGGACCAUGCUGAAACACUUGCUCAGAUCCUCAAGGACUGGCGUGCUAGUGUUUGUGACAGCGAGAACCUCAUGCCGUACCAUAUCCUUACGACUGGAGGUAUUGCCUCGAUUGCCAAUGCAGUUCCCGUCUCGAAUGCAGAGCUACUGGAGAUCGACGGUGUCGGACGCAUUCGUGUCAAGAAAUAUGGAGCAGCGAUUAUUAACAUCGUCAAGACCUACCUCGAAAAGAACAACCUGACUCCAUCACCUGUGCAAGCAGUGCGCUCUACCAACGUGCUGGACAGCUUAGAAGUGUUGGAUUCUGGUGUCGAGGUCAUCGAAGUCCCUGCAGCGCCCAAGUCGUCCCCAUUUUUCCAGGACAAGAACAAACGCAAAGCUUCGUCGACAUCAACAAGGCCCACUGCAACUGCCAAUCGCAUCGUGAUCGAUGAUAGUCUGGACGACAUUGAUUGGGGUGAGCUGGAUGCAGACAUGUUGAAUCAGACAAGCUCAAGUGCUGCAACCAACAGUCGCAAACGAUCGCUGGACUCGAACUCGACGUGGACUGCCAAGAAGCGAAGCAACUGACAGGCGACCAUGCUCUACUUGAAAGCAUUAUUUAGUGUUACCAGAUCAAUUUUUUUCUAGGUCUGGUGAAAGGAGCAUCAUUCCCUUACAGAACGAUGUUGUCGAUCAGUCGGCACUGGCCGAGCUUGACGGCGACAGAAAUGAUGGCUCCCUCGAUCGUAUCCACCUCGGACAACUCCUGCAUCGUUUGCUUUGACCCCACAGA